UUUACAGCCAUUAUACCUGCCCAUGAGUCCUUGAGUCCUUUAUAAUGUCCCUUUGUGCCUCUUCUCACAAGGAGUUUUCUCAGCUGCUGCCUGUUCAAGACAUGGAUAUCAAAAACUCACCAUCUAGCCUUAACUCUCCUGCCUCCUACAACUGCAGUCAAUCUGUCCUACCCCUGGAGCAUGGCCCCAUAUACAUCCCUUCCUCCUAUGUAGAGAGCCAUCACGAAUAUUCGUCCAUGACAUUCUAUAGCCCUGCUGUGAUGAAUUACAGUAUUUCUAGCACUUCAGAUAACAUCGAAAGUGGGCUUGGUCAACAGACAGCAAGCCCACAUGUGUUAUGGCCAACUCCUGGGCACCUGUCUCCUUUAGCAAUUCACUGUCAGUCCUCACUUCUGUAUGCAGAGCCUCAAAAGAGUCCUUGGUGUGAAGCAAGAUCACUGGAACACACCUUACCUGUCAACAGAGAGACACUGAAGAGGAAGGUCAGUGUGAACCAUUGCACCAGCCCUGUUACUAGUCCAAGUUCAAAAAGGGAUGCUCACUUCUGUGCGGUCUGCAGCGAUUAUGCGUCUGGAUAUCACUAUGGAGUCUGGUCGUGUGAAGGAUGUAAGGCCUUUUUUAAAAGAAGCAUUCAAGGACAUAAUGAUUAUAUUUGCCCAGCUACGAAUCAGUGUACCAUAGAUAAGAACCGGCGUAAAAGCUGCCAGGCCUGCCGGCUUCGGAAGUGCUAUGAAGUAGGAAUGGUGAAAUGCGGCUCCCGGAGAGAAAGGUGCGGGUAUCACGUGGUGAAACGACAGAGAAGUUCCAGCGAGCAGCUGCACUGCCUGAGUAAAGCCAAGAAAACCAGUGGGCACCUGCCAAGAGCCAAGGAGCUGCUGCUGAGUGCCCUGAGCCCCGAGCAGCUGGUGCUCACCCUCCUUGAGGCAGAGCCACCCAACGUGCUGGUGAGCCGCCCCAGCACACCCUUCACAGAGGUCUCCAUGAUGAUGUCCCUCACCAAGCUGGCCGACAAGGAACUGGUGCACAUGAUCGGCUGGGCCAAGAAAAUUCCUGGCUUCGUGGAGCUCAGCCUGUUGGACCAAGUGCGGCUCUUGGAGAGCUGCUGGAUGGAGGUGUUGAUGGUGGGACUGAUGUGGCGCUCCAUUGACCACCCUGGCAAGCUCAUCUUCGCCCCAGACCUCGUUCUGGACAGGGAUGAGGGGAAAUGCGUAGAAGGAAUUCUGGAGAUCUUUGACAUGCUCCUGGCAACGACUUCAAGGUUUCGUGAGUUGAAACUCCAGCACAAAGAGUAUCUCUGUGUCAAGGCCAUGAUCCUCCUCAACUCCAGUAUGUACCCUUUGGCUACAGCGAGCCAGGAGGCGGAGAGCAGCCGGAAGCUGACUCACCUGCUGAAUGCUGUGACUGACGCUCUGGUCUGGGUGAUCGCCAAGAGCGGCAUCUCUUCCCAGCAGCAGUCCGUUCGCCUGGCUAAUCUCUUGAUGCUCCUGUCUCACGUCAGGCACAUCAGUAACAAGGGCAUGGAACAUCUGCUCAGCAUGAAGUGCAAAAAUGUGGUUCCCGUGUAUGACCUGCUGUUGGAGAUGCUGAAUGCUCACACGCUCCGUGGAUACAAGUCCUCCGUCUCGGGGUCUGAGUGCAGUUCAGCAGAGGACAGAAAGAGCAAAGAGGGCUCCCAGAACCCACAGUCUCAGUGAUGCCUGGCCUGGAGGUAAAAAGGCCCACGUGAGGUCAAAGUCAGAAGCAUGAACUUAAGCAGAUCGGGAGCCUGGCCUUCACCGUAUCUCCACAGAGUGGCCCCUCAUCUGG